AUGGAUCAUGGGGGACAUGAUCAUGGGGGACACGAUCAUGGAGGCCAUGACCAUGGAGGUCACGAUCAUCACGAUCAUCACGACCAUCAUCACGGUGGAUGGGGCCAUGAUCAUGGAAAUGGUGGUGGUGGUGGAGAUGGAUGGGGAUAUCGACCAUUCACUGGUUUUGGAGGAGGACGAUACUAUGGUGGAGGUGGAUUACUCAGCCGACUGUUUGGCUGGAGAAGGCGUAGAUAUUACAAUGGAUACGGUGGUGGAUACAAUGGAUAUCCAAACUACGGUGGUGGAUUUUGCAGAUUAACCCAGUUUGUUGAUUACGUUGGUCAAAUGCCUCGUUUCUAUUGUGAUUGCCCUCCUUACCCACCAAAUUACCAAUGGUAUCAAUGUAGUCCAACGUAUGCAGGAUAA